AUGCAGAAUGAAGAUUUGAAAAUCAAGGGCAAAAAUGACUUACAAUCUUCCUCCAAGGUAUCUGAGGAAGAAGAGGGUGAUUAUGAGACUGUAAGUUCUUCCACUCUGGAGGCCAUCCAUGCUUUGAAAAUUCUUCCUGCCAAACCUCUACAAGAAUCCGAAUAUGCAGAUAAACGUUGUUUAAGGCCUUCAGGUACCACUUCCCCAGUGAACACUCAGCACACAUCUCAGACCCCUCAGUCCUCAGCUAAACACACAUCUGUUCUGGAGGGGAGGAGCACACCAAAUUUUAGAGGAGAACGAAUUAAAAUACAUGGAUCCCAGGAGCCUGUGCCUCCCCCACGGCCUCUGAAGACACUGCCAAAGCAGUAUCAACCACUUCCUCCAGAGCCGAAGACAAGCAGCCAGUGCUUUCACACGAGGAAAGCGCUAAGCCAAGCUCACACCUUUCCAAUAUCAGCAAAAGUCACAAGACAUCUAUCUGUUAAGGAACUAAACAAAGUAUCUGGAAGAGAACAAGUUACAGAGUUGGGGAAGAAACCUGAAAUAUAUUUUCAAGCACAAGAGUAUAAAUCAAAGCAUCACCCUGAAACCAGCCUUCAGUGCAAGCAGAGCUCUAAAAACAUUUGCAGCUCAGGGUCCAUGUUAAAUGUAGCAAAUCUGUCAGUGAAGAAGUCACCAUCUCCUACACAGUAUACAGCAUGCAAAACUAAAUCAAAACGUUCACUUGUAAAACUGGAAAUGCAAUCCCCUACCCAACCCACUGAAAAGGACUUAAACAAAUACGAAUGGUACAUUGGAGAAUAUGAUCGCCAUGAAGCAGAGAAGGCACUGUUACAGGAAAACACUGAUGAGACAUUCUUGGUUAGAGAUUGUUCAAAGAAAUCAAAAAGUGAACCGUAUGUUUUGGUUGUCUAUUAUGGAAGAAGAGUAUACAACAUUAAAGUACGUUUUCUGGAAGACAGCCAACAAUACGCGCUAGGAACAGGGCUUAGAGGAGAUGAUAAAUUUAAUUCUGUGAAAGAGAUCAUUGACUUCUACAAAUGCAUUCCCAUCACACUAAUUGACGGAAAGGAUAAUUCAGGAACGCAGAGAGAACAAUGUUACCUUAGACAUCCAUUCCAGUUGCGCAGAAGAUGUUUUCUGCCUUAAUGUCACCAAUUUGCUUGUAUAGAACAAUUAUUUGUCUCGAAAAACAGAUUAGCCUUUGAGUGAGAAGCUCCCCGUAAUAUUAUGAAACACUCUACAUUGCUCCACUGAA